UAUGGUGAGCCGCUGCUGUUAGUCUCGCAGUUUGCAUGGGAAGCACUGUUUAGGAGUCGAAAGAUUCAAACCAAUGAUCACAACCAAAUAUCUCGGCAUACCCCUUACUGUUGCAAGUUUGUUCUUCAGCCUUGAAUCGUGGAUCUUAUAGAAAUGAUGUGAGAUGGAACAACCACUCCUGCUACGAACGACUUCUUACUAAAACAACAUUGCAUCGAACUGUAGAAUGUCGCAAACUUGGCUUAUUUUUAUCAUGUCAGUUAUGAAAUAUAGCAUUUGUUUGAGUGUGACAUUUGGGACAUUAUUCGCACUUUUACUAACAACUACCGAAGGUGUUGGUGUUCAACAACUUUCUAAGACUCGCCACUAUCACAAGACCCUUUCAUUUAAGCGGAACGUUCUUGAUGGCGAUAUCCAGCCUUAUUUUGACAGUGGCACCUUAACUAAUAUCACCACAACGGCAGGAAAAACAGCGUAUCUUCCAUGUCGAGUCAGACACCUUGGCGAUCGUACCGUUUCAUGGAUUAGGAGAAAGGAUCUUCACGUCCUCACAGUAGGUCGCUUUGUAUAUUCCAGUAGCGACAAAUUCCAAGUCAUACAUCGCGACGAUAGGGACGACUGGAUGCUGCAGGUGAAGUAUCCACAAAGAGAAGAUGCCGGUCAGUACGAAUGUCAAGUCAGUACAGUACCGAAGAAGAGCAUGUUCAUAACCCUAAAUGUUGUCGUGAGCAAAGCUGAGAUACUAGGAGGUCCAACGAUAUACAUCAACAAAGACAGUGCCAUCAACUUAACAUGCAUAAUCCAGGAAAGCCCUUUGCCUACUGACUAUGUAUUUUGGUACCACAAUAAUCGUGUGAUCAACUACGAGGCCCAAGCAGGCGUUACCGUUAAGACUCAGAAUGAUCCUAGGGCUACCAGCAUGCUGUGGAUAGAAAAGGCUCAACCCAUUGAUUCUGGAAAUUACACGUGUUUUCCAUCAAAUGCUGAUCCUGCAGGAAUCGCAGUACAUGUUCUUAACGGAGAAAACCCAGCCGCAAUGCAACAUGGCAAACAAUCUUCUUCUGCAAGAGAAUAUUUGCCAACAAACUAUCUGUGGAUUGGAAUUAUACUACUCAGUCAACAACGGUGAUAAAAAAUUCAUUGGACCUUAAGAAAACAGUGAGUUGACGUUCAUGUUAUGCGUUUCGUGGCAUCAGGAAGACUAUCACAGUUUAUAUGGAAGUUAGUCUAUAAGCACUUGUCAAACAUUUGAAUUAAAGGACUUUUUUAAUGACAAUUUGUAUAAUUUAUCAAGUGAGAAAUGUAACAUAAAGAUGCAGUAACUUUAGACAAAAAUGUAUAAUGAACAAGUUUUUACUGUUAUACAAAAAAAUCAACAUUUAAAUCAUAAAGACUUUAAAGCAGUGUGCUCACUUGUUUUAAUUUUGAGAGUCAAUAACUGUAUUGGAAAUGUCUUUAAGUUCCUCUGGAACGAUCCCUGUGCUCACAAUAAAGGCUCUAAUACCAUGAAAAUUUCGGGUAAGCAUUCGUGAAUAUAUUAAACUAAAAUUUUAAAGGUUUAUAAUUUUGACGAUAGCUCUGUGGCUUAUUAACAAUGAGUAAGUUUCUGGUUGUAUGGUUGUAGUUCUUCACUGAAGUUUGGUGUGAAUGAAAAAAAACGGUUUAUCUGCAACUCAGUUACUUGUAUAUACAUGUACAUUUAUUGUCAUGAUUGUCUUGGUUGAAACUACAGUAGAUAAAAACAAUGGAGCUAUCCUUAUUUUCUUGUACAAAAUCUUAGUUACCUAAUUUGUAGUGAAUCAUUUUUUAUGCUCAUACAUAUUUACAUAUUUGUGUGGGUAAAUAUACCUAAUUACUUAAAUGUUUUAAGUUACUGAUCAUGCAUGUAGUCAGUUAACAUUUAUAAGUAACAACUGUGGCAGGGUUAUACGUUAUAAAUGAAACAACUGUUUCUCAACUUCUACAUAUAUAUGACGAAUAUAUCUAUUUGUAUUCUAAACUAAUAAAAGUAGCAGUUUUUUUAAAUCAUUUAAUACACACCCACUGGCUUAUGUUGCUUAUGUGCUUCAAGAUUUCAAGUCAGUAUUAUAAGACAUUUUAAUAACGUAUUACGUGUUAUAAAGCUCAUUUAGAUAAUUGCUGAAUCAUCACAUUUGCAGCAUAAGUUAUUCUAAAUGGAAGAGUUUCAUGUAUUUGUACAAAGUUAUAUGAGCUAAGCCCAGGUAGUGUUUUAAAGUCCUGACUUUCUAUUUACUUAAUCACUAUUUACUGUAGAUUUUGCAAGCGAAUAAUGUUGACUUAUUAUUGUUUUUCUUUAUGUGCUGACGAAGUUAUGGUGCUUGUUUGUUAACACUCUGUUACGUUAUCCAUAAGUCAUGUGACACUUUUAAUUAUUUCCAUGUGCUGUAAGGAGCAUGUUGAUUCGGCUAUAACUUAUGUAAUGUUUAUUAUAAAAAUAUACAAAUGUAAUAAAGUCUUUGUUAUUUCUUGAAAAUUUGCGAUUCUGAA